AUCACAUAAUCUUCCAGUUAUUGAGAAUGAAAAUUCUUUCACACGUUUCACUGCAGAACCAUCAAAUCCAGAUGAAAUUAAAGAAGUGGAAUGUAUAACUGUUGAUCCAGAGAUUUCACAUGCAAGUCAAAAGAAUGUUGAAGUAAAAGAAUUUGAAGAAUGUCCCGGAAAUUCCUUUGUGGAACAAACAAGUGCAUAUCAUGAAGAAAAAAUCGUUUCCAUUGAAGUUUCAAAUAAGGAUAAUUCACCUGAUUUCAACAAACUCAUGAAUAUGAAUAAACAAAUAGUUGAUGAAAUAGAACCUAUAACGGCUUAUAAACCAGAAAAACCUAGAGAAAAUACGAUGAAUAUUUGCAGUGUAAUGAAACCUUAUACCGAAUCUCAGCUAAGUGCUCUAUAUCAUAACAAUGAAUUAGUAACAAUAGAUGCAUUUAAUUCUCAAUUUGUAGAAGCAGAACUAAAAGGAACAGCCAUGAAACAACAUCCCUUGUAUGAAAUGCUCUCAAAUUAUUUACAUGUUCGUGACAAAAUUACUGGAAACACAUUGGAAUUGCAUCAAAUACGAAAGGAGUAUAAGUCACUUCAAAACGAACUGUGGACUAUAGAAACAGCCUCUGUAACGUCUCGAGGAGAAUGUCAAGAUGGAACGGUCGUAACAGCUUCGCAUACUUACAAUAAGAGUAUCUUUCACAGAUCUGUCUUUCAAAAUAUUGUAAGACUGUUGGGGAAUGUCCAGAAUUUGACUUACCAAAAUCACAGUCUGUACUUGUUUUCUGCAGACGAAUUACAUUUGCAGAUCGAAUUGUAUCUUCAAGGUGUAAUAUUGAAUUGUAUGAGUGUAACUCAACUGACCGAAGGUUCACCUGUUGCCUUAACCUCCGAAAGUGAACCCCUACAUUUGAAACAUUACCUUGGGGAAUUGAGGUUAUGUAUUUCAAUUUUGUUUGCUUUUCAAAGAAAAAUCAUUAGAGAAGUGGAAUUUAUCAAUGAAACAAGGACUUGGUUAUCUAAUUUGAUUGCAGUUCUAUUGAGAUUAGCAAAUUUUCAAGACCACCUAUUUAUAUUGAACCAUGUCCUGAGAUGUCCUGCUGGUGUAGGUAUUUGGGCAUCAUCCUUCAUUCAAAUGCCUCUAGACUUGAGAUCUUCCUCUUCUCCAUUUGCAAAUAUUCAAACGAAUCACAUACUUACCGUCCUUGCUACGAUUUUGAAACCUAUCACAGCUAGAGAAGAGUUUUUAGAAGAUAUGGCACAAAAUAAAGAUAUGGCGGCGGAUGCCUUGUGGACUGUAAUAGAUUCUGAUGGAGAAGAAGAUGAGGAAUCAACUGGAACGUCCUUGAAAGAAAAUGAUUUGGUAGCUUUGUUGAAUCAGUUGCCCUUGGACGAUUUAUUUCGAAACGUUUUAUUGGUACAACAUAGAGAUUUCAAAGACUCUUAUGACAUCACGGUAAUAACAGAACACCACCUACUAAGAUAUCUUGCAUUCUCAACAGUUUUGUUAAAAAUAUUACACAAAGGACUUCAAACUUAUAAUCAACCAAGAUACAAUCAAUUUUCAAAGAGACUCAGUCGAUUUAUUCGGCAUGUUGUUCAGUAUGCUACCGAUCAAUGGGAACAGUUUUUAAAGGUGCAGAUUAUCGAAGACAAAGCCAUGCUGGAGAGACUUCAGGUUGAAUACGAUGCAUUUUUCCUGAGGGCCAUUUACUAUCUAUACUCUUCACAAAAACUUGGUGCAUGGCAAUUUCUAGCUGUAAUACCUUAUAAUAUGGUAACACUGCCAACUCUGUGGAAAAUAUUUUAUUUUUUACACAGCCAGGAUAGUUCUGCCAAAGAUAUUCUGAAUCCCUUAUAUAUGGAAAAUUAUUCCGUGAAAAUAUGGGAAGAGGGAUUCAGAGGGCAGUUUGAGGAAAAGCUGGGAUCUUUAGAAGAUGGAGAGGUGUACUAUUUGUUGAACACUUUCGCUAAUAUGGCUCUUGCAAGAACUGAGAAGGAUAUGGAUUUCAUUCAUUCUGCCACUAUGGAUUUGUUGGAGGUUGGAUUUGUUAGUGAAGCCAGUCAAGAGAGUUGUUCUAAAUCAGCUAGAAUAUUAUUAACGCAUAUCACGUCAAAGUAUCCCCAUUUACUCUCCAAUAUUUUGAAAGAAGUGAAGGAUAACAUACAAAAAAUUGGCUCAUUGUCACUGUAUCUUUACGAAGAGUUACCAUUAUCUAUUUGGAAAUUCUCAGAAAAUGAUUUGGAAACCAUUUCCAGGUUAUUGUUGAACAACUCUAUUACAUCCAACGAGAAUAAAUUAUCGAGAAUGAUUUUAUCUAGGCUCAACUGGGACGAAAUUCCACAUGAUAUACAUUGUAAUGUAGCUUUACUGGUGGUUAAUGCUGUACUACAAGAACCAGGUAUCGAAAAUUGGGGUUGGCAAACAAUUUUGAGACUGAGACUUCAUAUCAGUGACAAAUCUUUCAAAGAAAUUGGAAGAAUUCAAGAAAUGGAACGAUAUAAUAUAUUGGUGAAAGGAGUGAGAGAACAACAACCCUUAGCAUUAUUUGUCACUGUGUUGAUGACUUCUUGGGGUCAUCUAGUACCACUGAUUUGCACAAAAGGAUUCUCCCAACUGCUGUAUCUGCAAACACAACAAAAACAUGAAGCUGUUCUUUUUACUCUCUAUUUGAUUGUUCCUCUAUUCAUCAACUGUCAAGAGUGUGUUAUAAAUUUGGAAAUAUUUCAAAAUAUUUUAAUGAAUUUAUUGAACGCAGACAGAGGAUAUAUUUCUAUGGCGAAAAGUUUGGUAUAUGCUCAGAAUACAGUUUUACAACAAUUUGGGAAUAUGGUUGAAACUCAAAUUGUGAACUAUACAUAUUAUGAUCUCGAUAGUCCAAGAUGCCUGGUUCGCUUAUGGAUCAAUUCACUAGUGUCUGUAACUGGUUGGAAUAAAGAUUCUGGUAUAUUGUAUCUUUUAGAUGUUAUUACAAAAACGGCUUUCAUGUACCAAGAUGCCUUAGAUGUCAUUUACAAUAUACUUCGAGAGCAACAAUGUGGUACGCCACAAGAACAGACUGGAACUAUAAGUUCGUUAUUAAAAUGGGUUUCUAGUACCAAUACCAAUGGUAGUUUGAUAUCCAAUUCACUUUCCAGUUAUACUUGGCUUGCUUACGUCAUGAUAUCUGUUGAACACGAGGAAAGAGAAAUUCGCACUGGAUUGUGGAGUGAAAUUCUUGUGCAGUUAACCAAACAGAAAGGCAAAGUAAAUGUUGAUCAAGCCAUAAAGAAAGCUUCCAGUGCUGUGAAGGUACAAUCUUUCACUUCUGGGUUCUUAUGCAUAUAUCGAUGGGCUCAACUAGCUCUAGAUACUGCUUUAGACCAUCCAUUGUUGCCUUUACUGUGGCAAAAAUUUUUCAGUUUAUAUCUAGCACGAAUUCCAAUUUCAAGUGAUGUAGAGAAAUGUUGUGUUGGUGAGAAAUUCUUUGAUGGUUACAUAAAUUUCGCAUUUCUGAAGAGAAUUAAGAGAAGACUUCAAGAAUCUGUUGAAUAUUUUGAAAGCAAAUUGGAUAGCAAGGAAGAGGAUGAUCAACAAGAAGACAGAAAACAAUUCAAUCAGGCAUGUCUGAAAGUAUUUCAGGCAUUCUCUUUGUGGCUUGAGGAACCUAGAUUACAAGAAAAUACGAUACUACUAAGAAGUUUACCACCACAGUACGAACCCAUACUAUUAACCUUCAUCAUGCAAGGAAGCAAGGUAUGUUAUAUAAAAAUAAUAACAAUUCACUAAUAAUAAAUGCGUAUUAUUAAUCUUCUACUGUAAAUGCGAAAUUCAUAUCUAAAAAU